CGGGACCCGGUCCGGGACUUUCCGUUCGAGCUCAGCCCAGAGGCUCCUGAAGGCAGCCCGCCCGGACCCUGGGUCCUGCACCGCGGCCGCAAAAAGGCCACAGGCAGCCUAGUGUCCAUAUUCGUGUACGACGUGAAGCCUGGCGCUGAAGAGCAGACCCAGGUGGCCAAAGCUGCCUUCAAGCGCCUCAAAACUCUCCGGCACCCCAACAUCCUGGCCUAUAUCGAUGGGCUGGAGACAGAAAAGUGCCUCCAUGUAGUGACAGAGGCUGUGACCCCACUGGGAAUGUACCUCAAGGCUCGAGUGGAUGCUGGUGGCCUGAAGGAGCAGGAGUUGUCCUGGGGGCUACACCAGAUAGUGAAAGCCCUCAGCUUCUUGGUCAACGACUGCAACCUUAUCCACAAUAAUGUCUGUAUGGCUGCUGUGUUUGUGGACCGAGCUGGCGAGUGGAAACUUGGGGGCCUGGAUUACAUGUACUCAGCCCAGGGCAAUGGUGGGGGACCACCCCGCAAGGGGAUCCCUGAACUUGAGCAGUAUGACCCCCCGGAAUUGACUGACAACAGCGGCAGAGCGGUCAGAGAGAAGUGGUCAGCAGACAUGUGGCGCUUGGGCUGCCUCAUCUGGGAAGUCUUCAAUGGGCCUCUACCUCGGGCGACUGCCCUUCGCAAUCCUGGGAAGAUCCCCAAAUCCCUGGUGCCCCAUUACUGUGAACUGGUGGGAGCUAACCCUAAGGUGCGUCCCAACCCAGCCCGCUUUCUGCAGAACUGCCAGGCACCUGGUGGUUUCAUGAACAACCGUUUUGUGGAGACCAACCUCUUCUUGGAAGAGAUUCAGAUCAAAGAGCCGGCCGAGAAGCAAAAAUUCUUCCAAGAGUUGAGCAAGAGCCUGGACUCAUUCCCUGAGGAUUUCUGUCGGCACAAGGUGCUGCCCCAGCUGCUGACUGCCUUCGAGUUUGGCAACGCUGGGGCUGUGGUCCUCACACCCCUCUUCAAGGUGGGCAAGUUCCUCAGUGCUGAGGAGUAUCAGCAGAAGAUCAUUCCUGUGGUGGUCAAGAUGUUCUCAUCCACCGACCGCGCCAUGCGCAUCCGCCUCCUGCAGCAGAUGGAGCAGUUUAUCCAAUACCUUGAUGAGCCGACAGUCAACACCCAGAUCUUUCCCCAUGUUGUACAUGGCUUUCUGGAUACCAACCCUGCCAUCCGGGAGCAGACUGUCAAGUCCAUGCUGCUCCUGGCCCCAAAGCUAAAUGAAGCCAACCUCAACAUGGAGCUCAUGAAGCACUUUGCCCGGCUGCAGGCCAAGGAUGAACAGGGCCCAAUCCGCUGCAACACCACGGUCUGCCUGGGAAAAAUUGGCUCCUACCUCAGUGCCAGUACCAGACACAGAGUCCUCACCUCCGCCUUCAGCCGGGCCACUAAGGACCCAUUUGCACCAUCCCGGGUUGCGGGUGUUUUGGGCUUUGCUGCCACCCACAACUUCUACUCAAUGAACGACUGUGCCCACAAGAUCCUGCCUGUACUGUGUGGCCUCACUGUGGACCCUGAAAAAUCUGUGCGGGACCAGGCCUUCAAGGCCAUUCGAAGCUUCCUGUCCAAACUGGAGUCUGUGUCUGAGGAUCCCACCCAGUUGGCAGAAGUGGAGAAGGAUGUCCAUGCAGCUUCCAGCCCUGGGAUGGGAGGAGCUGCAGCCAGCUGGGCAGGCUGGGCUGUGACUGGAGUCUCCUCACUUACCUCUAAAUUCAUCCGCGCACACCCCAUGGCUACACAGGCUGAGACCAAUGUGCCCCAGAGACCAAUGCCUGAGGACCGCUGGGAGACACAGGAGGACAAGGACACAACAGAGGAUAGCAGUACUGCUGACAGAUGGGAUGAUGAGGACUGGGGCAGCUUGGAGCAGGAGGCUGAGUCUGUGUUGGCCCAGCAGGAUGACUGGAGUACCAGGGGCCAAGCAAGCAUAGCUGGACAGGUCAGCCCCCCAGAACACAAAUCUCCUGAGUCAGACUGGAGCAACUGGGAAGCUGAAGGCUCCUGGGAGCAGGGCUGGCAGGAGCCCAGCUCCCCAGAGCCACCCCCUGAAGGCACAAGAUUGGCCAGCGAGUAUAACUGGGGUGGCCCAGAGUCCAACGACAAGGGUGACCCCUUCGCUGCCCUGUCUGUGCGUUCUAGUACCCAGCCCAGGCCAGAAUCGGACUCAUGGGGUGAGGACAACUGGGAGGGCCUGGAGACUGAGAGCCGACAGGUCAAGGCCGAGCUGGCACGGAAAAAGCGUGAGGACCGGCGGAGGGAGAUGGAGGCCAAACGCGCAGAGAAGAAGGCAGCCAAGGGCCCCAUGAAGCUGGGAGCACGAAAGCUGGACUGAACUUCUGGGGUAGCCCUCCCAGCCAUGGAGAGCAGGCCCCGCGGAUGUAUUUAUUGUACAAACCAUGUGAGCCCGGCUGGCCUGGCCAGGCACAUCUCAUGUGUACAUAAUCAGAGCCACAAUAAAUUCUAUUUCACACCCCUG